GCUUCGUCUCAACACGCGACGCGCGCAUCCGCCAGCGCGCGCUCCGAAUAUUUCGCGCGCGUUCGCGAUUCAAACAUCGAAUAUCUCAAACCAGCUAGCAUUUUAAAAAGUAACCGUUGACAGCGAAUGUUUAAAAAAAAGUUUAACUUUUUAAAGUUUGGAACCGUUGACAGCAAACAUAGAAAAAAAAAAAGUUAUAACUUUUUAAAGUUUGUGAAGUGUUGUGAAUACAUACGUACUAAGUGCUUUUUUGCCUGAAAAUGCGCAGUGUGGUAUGAAUUUGUAUUUAUACAGAUGUGUGGUUAUGUGACGUACGAUCAAAUGAGAUUUCACGCUAUGCGAGCAAUACUCUUAACACAGAUAAUAUCGAUAUGAUUUCUUUACCUGUGAUCGAUACGUGACAUCCUUAGUAUAUCAGUGUGAUAACUUUGUAGUUGAUACCUAGUGAUGUGACAAUGUGGGAGUACCUCGCGAUUCUUCUGAUUGGAUUCUGGCUGGGUGUUGCCAUAUUCCUCUAUAUUUCCUGUUUCUGGCUGGAGGAGAUAUUUGAUCUGCCAGCAUCACGGCGCGGCUCCCAAUCCAGCGCUUCCACCGCUCACCCGUCAAGCGGAGCGAGCGGCGCCCAUGUCCAGCUUAAGCGCUUGGUGGCGAGGGUCGUGGAAGAGGCCGCUGCGCUGCCAGCGCUCGCUAGAUACGCUGCAGAGCCGCCGCGAACUCCCACCAUAGAGACGUCUACGUAUGAGGAUUUGCUGGCCACUGCUAUAUUGAAUAAGGUCAUCGAACGCUACCAGAACGAGAACGGUUCUGGUGGUCGCAGCAGCGGUAUACACUCUGCGAGCGCCAGCCCCAUACCAUCAGAGCGGUCAUCACCAAGGUCGCUAAACUCCACGCACUUGAGAGAUGUCACACCACCACUGCAGGAAGUUGAUGUAUCGGAUUGGGAGGAAGGAGACGCCACAGAAGAUGCUGUGGAGCUGCCCCGGCGAGUACCAUUCCCAGAGUUCGGUGGAGACAUAGUCCAUCAAGCUAUUGACAAUGAAGACCGCGACUUCGACGAAGUAUCUGGCAGCGAUAUACAAGCAGUCGACGGCAGCUGGGAGGAGAAUUGGCUUUUCCAAAAGAAAAAGAUUAAAACGAUUCAAUCUGUCCCAGUGCCAAUGUUAGUUCCGAAUAGCAACACUGAAUACAGAGUCCUCAUUGGCGAUAGGGACGCUGAUGACACAACAGAUCUAUCAGACAAUGCCAGUGACGCUGAAGAAGACUCAGAAUACAAAAGCGACAUCAAAAGAGUUCUAGAUUCUAAACACGUGAUAGGAGGAAAAACGAAAAUUGAUGAAGACUUUGAACCAGAUAGUCUCACAAUUAUAGACGGCAAUAAUGAUUUCGAAAAAAGUGACGAUUUUGAAUACAAAGAUAAACAUGUGCUAGAUGCAGUUAACAUUGAUUUAAACGACAACAAAAUUAACAACAGCGAUAUAAAAGAAAAUAUAACAACAGAAAAUGGGAGUGACUCUAUCAUGAUACUGGAUAUAGACAGCGGACCAUUACUAAAAGCAGAAUUCAAUUUGAAAGAAGAAAUACAUAGGACGAUGUUGAAUGGAAAUAGGGAAUAUGGAAAUUUAGAAGAAAUGAACAGCAUCAACAACAAUGAAAUUGGUCAAGAUGUUGUGGACAGUCUCUCAAACAUCAAAGGAUCAACGAAUACAAUAACAAGUCGUCAUGAAAGGGAAGGCGAAUAUGAAGAAACUGUGACAAGACCAGUCCAAAGAUAUGCGGAUAGUCUUAGACGCCAACAUUUCCAUGAGGAACCGCAGGAAAUUCCAACUAGAGACACUGACAAAGAAGAAGAUCUUAUACCAGGUUCGAUCGCAUAUAGAGAGCGUAAAAAAUGGCUCAACUAUGUUGAAAUGCCUAAUAAUCCAUAUUCACCUGAAGCUAUACAAAAAAGAUUGAUGGCAAAAAGUACAUCUUCCUUAUUUGAUAUGUUAUCGACGAAAACUAAAGAUUUACAUGAUGACACGGAAGAAUCCAAGGAUACGGAUUUAAAAACGCCAGUAGAGCAAGAUGUUCCCGUGAAAGAAGUUAAACAGAAUGGACACGCUUUAAACGUCAAUGGUAGCAUUAACAGUAUAAAUGGUACAAGAUCUAAAAGUCCAUCACCUAAAAUAUUAAAAGAUGUACUAGCUGAAGAAAUACCUCAAUAUAAACGAUACGAUAGAGAUUACUACAUAAAAGAGGCCAAAGCUUCAGCAGGAGGUCGCAAAAAGAAUAGUUUCAGCGACACAAGUUCAUUGUCGUCUAUGAACAAGUCAACCAGUUUAGAUAAUUUCGAAACAGAUUUGUCCCCUGGAUUACUUAUAAAGCAAUUUAACACAAUCGCUGCAAACCAACAAUACACGACGUUUGCUAAAGAUCAACCUAAGGAAUCCAUAACUAUAACAGCUAGUAGUACUAAAACUGAGAUAUUAAUAGAAUAUGAUGACUACACUAAUGAACAAACACUAUUUUCUGCUAAACCCAUAUAUGUUGAUGAUGAAACUGAACAACGAUUUGAGGAAAUACUACAAGACGCGAGGGUUGCUGCAGUAGACGCUCCAAAAACAAACGAUGAACCACUAAAAUCACCAACAAAUGUCAGUGUUGACAAUUCUUACAUAAGCACAAGCAGUUUAGAAGAUUCAAUUAAGAUAUAUAACGUGCAAACAGGUGAGAUAGUGAAGUGCCCGCCGGAAGAUAAGUUAUCAAGAUACGAGGUAACUGACAGAAAUGACAACAUCGAUAUUGUAGAUAAAAAUUCAGGAGAACCCGCGGAGUUUAGUGGAAGUGAAGACGUGAAUGAUGACUCAGUGACAGUUAUUGACAAAUCUCUAGAAAAUGAUAUAUCUAUUGAAGAAAGGAAUAAAGAAUUAGAGAGAAUAAGUGAAGUGGAGGAAAUACUGGCUCAAUUACCGAAAGUAAAGGAAUUGGCGAAGAAAUUUGUUAGCAUGGACAAUUUACACGAACCGAUCAAGCCGCAACCAGUCUUCAAACGGCGAAAAAGCAAAGACAAUCUCCUCAACUCAGACAAACCUUCAAACAAAGUGUACAUGCACAGUCUAACAGCCAGGAGUAUCUCCAAAGAGUUUAGGGAAGAGCUCAAAUUGUCUAUGGCGACUCCCCUUACCGUUCCUGGAGGCUCCAAAGAGAUUCCCGAAGGAGAAGAGGUUAUCAAGGAGUCCAGUAGACCGGGAAGUCCUUUACCCGAACCGGGGACGAUAAAAACUAAAUUAGCGUUCUUCGAAAGCCUCAAAUCUAAGUUUAGCACGAAAUAGUUGUAUCCGAAGGUUUCAUCGAAGUUUGGUGUCGGUUAAAUUUUGUAUUUUUCCAAUUAUCUAGUUUUUUCGCGAGUGUAAGAUAAGUGGAAAUUAAUUCGUGUAAUUUGAGAUAAUUGGUAUAAAAGUAUAGAACUGAAUCGAGCCACAACUUCAAAUUUUAAUUAAAAAACUAGCGUAUAUGAAAAAAUAUUUGAUCUUACGAUACUAAUCCAUGUAACAAUACUCUGGCAACAGAAAUUUUAAUAGAAAAUAUCUUAUAUUGAUAUUUAUGUUACUCUGUCCUUCAAAACUAAUAGGAAAUUUUAAAGGAAAAAUCAUUUUGCAAUAAUAUUUAACGCCUACCUUUUAAAUUAUAUGGUGAUAUAGUUCUUUACUCAGAAAUGAGGCGUUGUAAGGUAAUCCCAUGUAAUGCGUUCAAUUCAAAUAUAUACUAUGUAUGUAUAAUUGUUAGUAACCAAACUAAUAUAUGUUUACUUGGUAAACAUAUAUAUAGUUAAGACACAUUAAAUGUGUCUAUAUAUCUAGUUUAUAUCUAGCUCAUUUUGUGGACGAUGUAUAUAUAAUUAUUUAAUUAGGAUACGUUGUAAAUAUUUAGUGCCAUCGUGUCAUCUUCAUUUUGUAUAGAGUUACUUAUCACUAUUUAAAUCAAAUGAAAUAAAGGGAAUGAACGGAAAAAAGCUUAAUACCUAUAACAACAUCUUAUCAGUAGGUACACCAAUCGAUUGUAUUCACUGUCUAAAGUUUUUGCUAUAAUUGAAUUUUUUAGAUCUAAAUAGGUUUGCUUUCUAUGCGCAAGAGACAGAACUUAUUAUUUAAAAAAAAAUAACUCACUCUCGGUUUUUUAAUUAUAGUGAAUUUACUACUAUAUCAAAAAACUUGAUUAAAGACUAAAUUACUCUUAUGGCUGAUAAGUAACUCUGUACUAAUUUAUUUUAGUAAAUGCCAAAGUUGUAAAUAACAUACUGGGUAUAUUUUUACUGGUUGUGUCCAUAAUAUAUUAAUUAGGUGUAAAAAUUGGUUUUAAGAUGUGCAAUAGAAGAUUCCCUCCCUUAGAUGAUUGUAAAAUUAUGUGAUAUAAUAAAAAUAGCUACGAAAUCUUAAGGUAUAAUGUAUUGUCAAUAAACAUUAUCUUAACAAUAAAAAGGAUACAAAAAUA